AUGCCGGUGGCGGACAUGAAGCCUCGGGCAGUCCUCGAGAAGUACUACAUGGACUUCCGCAUGGCUCAAGCAGAUUUGGGGGAUUUUGGGGCCUAUGACUACGCCCUGAACAUCCAGGUGCCUAAAGGCAGCGAGGACCAGUUUUUGAAGGAGUUCAUCAGCCCCGAGAUCGCCGCGAACUUCAUCGAGCACCGCUUGCACUGGUGGGUCAUGACCGACCGCUUCGACGAGUUUGGGCCGGACGAUAACCCGGUGGAGUUCGCAAUGAAGCAGCUUUCGGCGGUGUACCCCCAAGUCUACCAAAGCUGGCCGGACAAGCACAGCGACCAGGCGCUGACCCGAUUCUGCCUUCAGGGCCUUGGCGCCCACCGUGUCGAGGUGGAGGAGCGGGAGAACACGAAGUACUUCGUGGUGCGCACCAACGCCUUGGCGGGUUUGCCGGUGCGCGACGGCUUCGAGCGCUAUGGGGGGGAUGCCUACUUCGAUGACAAGUGGCGGCCGGUGAUGAUUAUCGACCACGGCCUCACGCCAGUGGACCGUGACUUCGCGCAGGAUCACCCGCCCAAGAUCACGCGGCCGGGGGACGCGGACUGGGACCGCGCCAAGUUCCGGUUCCGGUCCUCCCUGUUCGCCCUGGUGACGCUGGUGGACCAUCUGUACGGCAUCCACCUGCAAACGGCCAACCUCUUUGUCACCGCCCUGCGGGAGCAGAUGUCCGCAGAUCACCCCAUCCGGCGAUUCAUGACGCCCUUCACCUACCAGACCAUCUCCAUCAACGACAACGCCAAGCACAAUCUGGUGGCGCCCCGGUCAAUGGGCCCCCGCUGCUUCGCGCUCACGGACAAGGGCCUGUCCCUCGCCUUUGCAGCGGCCCCCUCUUUGCUCGUUACCGGCCACGAGGUCGGCGGCUCCCAGGGGGGCCCCAUCUUGGACCUGAAGAAGUACUUCCAGCACCUGAAGAAGCAAGGCAUCCAGACCGAGUAUUGGCGCCAGGCCGAGGAGCUCUUCGAGAUCUAUGAACGCUUUCUGUCGAACUACCUGAGCUGCUACUACCCCUCGAAGGAGGCCUUGGUGAAGGACCCGGAGCUCAUCGCCAUGGCCAAGCACUACUUCUCCCGUUUGGAGGCGGCUUCGGCGGAGAGCCUGAGCCGAAUCCGCGCGCCCUUCAUCACCACCGUGGAUCAGAGCAUCGAUGUGAACCAGGCCUGGGAGUUCUACGUGCAUUGGCUGGCCAGCAUCAUGUGGGUGGUCACCGCAGGACAUGAACAGCAGGGAGCUGUGGAGGUCUAUGCGCAGGACGCAUCCUGGACGGCCUUCAAGUGGACGCCGGGGCGCACCAUGGGCACCAAGCAGACAGCAACAGCGCAGGCGCUGCUUAUGUCCUUCACCUCCACUCCCAUGCCCAAGCUCCUGGGGGAAGAUUGGUCCUUCCUGUUCCCGGAGCCCUGGGUGCCUUCAGCGUCCCAGACCCCGAAGAGCGUCUUCCAGGGCUUUCAGUCAGAGCUGUUGGCCAUGGCGGAGAGGUGCGACAAGUACAACGAGCUGGCGCCCACGCGAGCUUUCCCCGACUGCUUCCCAGUGUACACCUGCAACCCCCGGCCCGGUUCGCCCGUUGGUCGUCCUAUUUCUCCCAUGGCUUCCCUCGUUCACAUGCUCUGCACUUCACCCGAAAAGAUGUCCAAAUGCCUGGCCUUGGCUUUGGUGGCGAUUGCCAGCGCGCAGCUGGACGACGAGUGCGAGGGCGCAGGCGGCGCGGGCUGCGCGCUGCAAGCGAUCCAGCUGCGCGCGCGGGCGACAGGCGGGGACGCGGAGUCCCUGCACCUCAGCAGCUUCGGCGAGGAGCCUUCGGAUGAGCUGCUGUGGACAAAGUACCAGUUCUUCUUGAAGCAGUUCCGACGCCAAUAUGGCGUCCAGGAACAGGAGCGUAGAUUUCUGAAUUUCAAAGCCUCCUUCAGGACAGCCAAAGAGCUUGCUGGAAAGGAUGCUGAUAGUUCUUUUGGCAUCAACGGCAUGGCCGACUUUGAUGCAACGGAGAAGCCCACACGUGGCUUUCACGUGAAGCAGCUUUCGGAGCAGCUGGCGACACUGGGCUCGGCCAUGAAGGCUUUCAAGGCACCCAAGGAGAACCUCACGGACGUGACGGCCAUCAACUGGCGCUUGACACGGGCGAUCAGCCCGGUGAAGAACCAGGGCGCCUGUGGAGCGUGCUGGGCCUUCGUGACGGCGGAGGAGGUGGAGUCCUUGUACACUCUGUGGCAAGGCGGCGGUGGCCCAGGCUACUCAGAGAUCUUCUCCGCACAGCAGCUGAUCAGUUGUGACGAAGUGGCGGACGGAUGUGGGGGUGGCAACCCAGUGGACGGAUAUGCUUACAUCGUCAAGAGCAAGGUCGGCCUGGUGCAGGAGGCUUACUGGCCCUACGAAGGCGGAUUUCUGCCCAUGGAGAAGUGCGACUACAAGUCCUGCACGAAGCCAUGCAACAAGGACCUGAGCGACGCAGCGCGAUUUGAGCACGUCAUCGGACCGAUCGCCCGGGUGCACGGGGCCAUGUGGGCCACCCCGCUCUGUGAGCCCGGGUCCAGCUGCGGAAGCCAAGACUUGGAGCGGCUCCGCCAGGUUCUGGUUCAACUCGGCCCGGUUGCAGUGGCAGUGAACUCCCGACAUUGGUACUCCUACGCAGGCGGCGUGAUGUCGGACAAGGCCUGUGCCGGCAGCGAGUGGCAGGACUUGGACCACGCGGCGCAGCUGACCGGGUAUAACACCAGCGGCGCUUUGCCCUACUGGAUCGUGCGGAAUCAGUGGUCGACGACUUGGGGAGAGAAUGGCUACAUCUACUUGGAGUUUGGCAAGAACACCUGCGGCAUCGCCAACAUGGCCACGGUGCCUUUGAUGGACGGCAUGCCUAACACCCAGGACUUGGGGGAUGACGUGCUCAUGCUGCAGAACAAGGAGGCUCCAUUCUACAGUAUGUAUCAGCAGGCACUUGGACUCUGAUGUGAUUAGUGGGGCUGUUUCACGGAAUGGAGAGGCUAAGCCCUCCGAACCUGCUAACCGCAUUUCCUCCCAAGGCAACGGAGAUUAGCUCUGACGA